CGCGUUAUAAGGCGUUAUAAGGCACUGUGAAGAGUUUCUGCUGGAUGGCUCUCAAACCUGUUUUUUUUUGUGGCGUAAACCAGCGAGCGGCUGUUCGUCCGGGUGCGGAGAAGAAACGUGGCUAUGAAGAAAUUUUGGACCAAGGCAGGUGUUUUGGGUUCAGUGUCAGUGUCCAUAGCUUUUGGUUCAGUGCUAUGGUCGCAGAAGAAGUCUGAACCAGAUCAUGUGGCUUUCAGCUGCGACUUCACAAAUACAAAUUCCGACUCGCUCUAUGAGCUCAAGCUGGUUCAGGUCCUCUUCCGACAUGGAGCAAGAACGCCAUUGAAGUCUAUACCCGAUGUGAUGGAGGUUCAGUGGGCGCCAACCCUCUUGGAGCCUCCAGCACACACCCAGAUUAAUUACUCAGUAACAGAUCUGCAAGGAGGUCCCCGACCGCCGGCACCUGUGGAAGAGAGCUACCGGAGCAACAUACUGACCGGUGGCACGUUCCCUGGUCAGCUGACCACAGUGGGGAUGCAGCAGCUGUAUGAGCUGGGAGAGAGGCUGAGGAGGAGGUACAUAGAGGACAAUGGCUUCUUGAGCCCCACCUUCAGCCCAGCUGAGGUCUAUGUGCGCUCCACUAACAUUUGGAGGACCAUUGAAUCUGCCAGAUGCCUGGUGGCGGGACUGUUUCAGCAGAAACAGAAAGAAGUCGUACCCAUACUAACAGAGAAGGCAGAAGCUGAAAUCCUGUAUCCGAACUACCACGGAUGCAAGCUACUCAAAAUCCUUGGAGGCCACCGCUGGGCUGAGUCGUCCAGUCUACCAGACAUUGCAGCAGACCUGCAGAGCAUCCAGAAAGCACUGGGCAUCGCUGCUGACCAGCGCGUCGACUUCAUCCUCAUCAGGGACGACAUGGUCGCCAGAGAGACACAUGGGCUCCCCUGCCCUUCAGUGCUGGACACCUGGAGGGACACUGUGGAGCAGAGAGCAGUGGACAUGAUCUGCCACAUCUAUGAACCCAGCAAGAGGGAGAACCUGCAGCUGUGUGUGGGGCCCCUCCUGCACAUCUUGAUGGUCAACAUGGAGCAGAAACUACUGGGCACAUCAUCACAGCCGAACAGCAGGAAGAUGUUCUUGUACUCCGCACACGACACUACUCUGAUGCCCUGUCUGAUGGCUCUGGGGAUUUUUGACAUGAAAUGGCCACCGUAUGCCGCUGACAUCACCUUGGAGCUGUAUCAACACCGGCAUACCAAAGAGGCCUUUGUCAAAGUGUCCUACACCGGCCAGGAGCAAUUAAUUCCUGGAUGUAGUGGAGUCUACUGCCCCCUGCAGGAGUUCAAAAAGACCAUCUCGAACUACUCCCUGACCACUGAACACUACCAGUCACUUUGUAACAGCACGGAGGGUCUGACGAAUCCCUGAGCCCCCCCAGUGACCCUUCAUCUCUGAGCGCAGCACUACACAUGGCAUCUACUCUGUCAGCAGACACCGUCGUCUGUUCACGUCCUCUCCGUUUUCACUCCGGCCUGUAAAUCACAUCAGUCACUAUCAUUUGGUGUCAGAGCAUACUAUAUAGUGGGCAUCUCUGUUGGGUUCACAAAUCGUAGGCUAUAGCCCACAUUUUUAAUAAUUUACAUGUUUACUUUGAGGUAUAAUUCAUUUUUUUUAUAAUACACCGUGGGUCUUAUUUUUGUAGUUUUUGCCAUCAUGUAUAUCCGUUCUGAUAUCGUUUUACUCACCGGCUUCCUUUUGGAGAUCUUGGACCCCCACUAAAACUGCCAAACACAAUUUACGGCAGCAUCAUACAGGGCAACUGAACUCGAGACUUAAACCGGUCUUUUAGACAAACAAGAAUCUGCAUUACCUCAGACUGUGUGCAAGAUUCCUCCCUACCCAUGACUUCCUUAUAGUGCUGGCUGGGUUGUUUCAGUGAUUACUACCACUACCUGUGGUAAAGUCGGGUCAAGUCGAUUUUAUUUAUACAGCCCAAUAUCACAAGUUACAAAUUUGCCUCGAGGGGCUUUUACAGCAACACAACAUCCUGUCCUUAGACCCUCGCAUCGGAUGAGGAACAACUCCCUAAAAAAAAAAAAAAACGGAGAAAAAAUAGGAAGAAACCUCAGCGAGAGCAGCAACAGAGUAAACAAGAUCAUAUCUGCAAGUUGAGUCAGGAAAGAGCUCAGCGAUGUGAUUGGACCACUGACAAUAUUAGACAUUUCAGGUGACUAACUUGUGCUUUCAUAGUCAAUUCCAAGUUUGUGGUUUUGGAUAAAUUGGUUAAAUUGGACUAGCUGGAACACAUCUCACGCUCCUAUUCAGUUGCCCUGUAAGACGCCCUUCUGGAGUUUUCUCUAGUGGUGCUCCCAUGUCCAGAAUCUUCACAGUGAACCCGACGAUUAAAAUAUGACCAAUAUGCAUGAUGACAAAACCCAUGAAAACAAGAACCAAAACAUGCAAUCACUGUUGAAGACCACUUCUUUGUCUUUAAAUCCAUGUCAUGUAACAUUGGUCAGUGCUGGGCUGUCAUGCGGCAUGCUAGUUUUACCAAGUUAACAAAUUCGACGCCAAUGGCGGCUAACACGAUAUCUAUCUGCAGCAACGACUGAGUUUUGCCCGGGACAGGAUGUCACUGCCUCCUGAAUUAGUUUGGCUCAAUAACUGCAUGCACACGAUCAUGAAUGUAAAUAUCCACUGAAGUGCAGUCCUCCUCAUCCAUUUCCUCCCACCGAGUCACCUAUCCAUGUCCAUAUGCGAUGCAUUACUCUGCCAGUUUGGUUAUUUCGCUAACCGAAUACUUGUAUCAAAUCGUGUUGUUCCUCGAGGGAAUAUCAAGCACUCGUGGUGUACGUAGUGUGCACAAAUGAAGGUCACCGUGUGUUAGAAAAGGACGUUUUACAAGUCAAAUGUGUCAGUGAGUGAAGGCCUUGUCCCCCGACCAUCUUUGGAAACUACUGAAAGGGAAUCGUUUCACCGAGGUGUAUUGUGAUAUGGUAGGUGCCUUCUUUUAGAAAUCCAUCAUCGGAGUGUCAGAACGUAUGCAUGAAUGUGGGGUCCAGUAUACUAAGUUAUUCGAUAUUGUGAUACAGUACCACACGAGGGGGGUUUGUCCUCAAAGUACACAGAAUGUCUGCUCUGGUUUGGUGAGGAAAAAUAAACUGGUCAGCGUGUCUGGUU